AUGGACCCAUUUGGUCUCGAGUCCUCUGAGGAGGUUGGGGAGGCCUUGGAGGUCUUUGCCGGCUCGUGCGAGAGGGGGCUGCGGGUGCUGCAGGAGGUGGCGCCCGGGGAGGUGGUCCUGUCCACUGCGUCUACUUUGCCUCCCUGCGUCAGCUGCGACGACUUUGCGGCCACCGCAGCGCAGCGCUGGCCGGAGUUCCCGAGCUCGGAGCGGCGCAAGCUGCUGCAGCUCCGGUGGCGGAGCGCAGGACCCGUCAGCGAGGCAGAGCCGCAGUGCGUGCUGGACUGGCCGGGAGGCGGAAGUACGGCAAGCGCGCCCCCGCCAAACGCGCGGUUGCGGGGCGUGGCGGCCUGCAAUGGCAUGGCAGUGGCCAAGCUGGUGCUGAAGCCAUCUCUGCUUAAGACGUUGGAGGCGCAGCCCAGGCAUGGCCUGGCUGUGUACCCCAACGGCAGCCUCAUCAACCACUCCUGCCUGCCAAAUGUCAACAGGCUGCCAUUUCAGUCCUGCUUGGUGGUUCGUUCCUCCAGACGGCUCAUGCCCGGGCAAGAAAUCACCAGCGCUUACAUCGAGGUUCGGCAGCCUGUCUUCGCUCGGCACCUGGAGCUGACGUCUUGGGAUUUCACGUGCGGAUGCUGGCGCUGCCGCCUGGAGCUGCACCUCGCGGCGCUCGGCUGCGACAGCGCGGCCGAGGCCCGGCGGCUGUGGCGGCGCUUCGAGCGGCUGAGGCGCACCGGCGCCUGCGCGGAGCAGGAUCUUCAGAACCUGGUGGAUAGCGCCGAAAACCACACGAGAAACCUGCUGAAAGACUUCUUGGCGGCGCAAGAUCCUUUGCCAGAAGACAUUGCUCGUGAGUUUCAGCGCCUUCUUUCGGCUGCUGCUGGGCUCCCUCUGGGUGGGCCCCGCGUGGGAGCUCGCCUUCGGGCUCACAGCCCAAGCCCGCGCAGAGGCCCUGCACCUGUGGCUGGCAGUGCGCGAGGUCACGGCGGAGGUGGCGCCUUUGUCCCCGGGCCACGUGGCCGCUUCCAUGGAGGCGGUGUUCGCAGCGGCGGAGGCGACGGAUUUCACAGCUUCGAACAGAACGUGGAGGCGCCUGCUGCAGGAGAGCCUUUGCGCCUGCCACGGCGGCUACGGACCAGGCACUUGGCUGCGCCUGGCCGCGGCGCGCCUGGCGCAGCUUGA